AUGGCCCAAGAUCUGGGAUCGGCCCUUGAACACGCCGGUGGCACCGGUCAAAAGAGUGCAGGUAUCCCGAUCAACACUUUCCUCGCCUCUUUAGCUACUGCCAUCGUCAUUUUUGCAGUACAAUUUUUACUCUUUUUGCUUCUCAAAUCGAAGCUCACCCGCAUCUAUCAACCUAGGACCUACCUCGUGCCGGACAGAGAACGUACCGAACCAUCCCCUCCUGGUCUUUUCCGAUGGGUUGUCCCUGUAUUUCGUACCUCUAGUACUGAGUUCAUACAAAAAUGCGGCCUGGAUGCAUACUUUUUUUUGCGAUACCUACGCAUGCUUCUCAAGAUUUUUGUCCCUCUAGGUUGCAUCAUUUUGCCGGUUCUGCUACCCUUGAAUAAAGCUGGAGGCAAAGACCAGCAUUAUAAAAACGGCACUGAAUCUGGCAACACAUGGAAUGUUACUGGUCUGGAUCAACUUGCCUGGGGCAACGUAACCCCAGAGAACACCAGCCGUUACUGGGGACACUUGAUCAUGGCUAUCAUCACCAUUGUCUACGUAUGCGCAGUGUUCUAUGACGAGCUGAGAAAUUAUAUACGCUUACGACAAGCCUACUUGACAUCUCCCCAACACCGUCUACGAGCCUCUGCAACGACUGUCCUGGUGACAGCAAUCCCGGAAAGGUGGCUCACAGUAGAUGCCCUCGCUUCACUUUUUGAUGUCUUCCCUGGUGGUGUUCGCAACAUCUGGAUCAACCGCAACUUCGAUGACCUCAACGAAAAAGUGAAGCUGCGGGAUGCGUUGGCUUUGAAACUUGAGGCUGCGGAGACUGAUUUGGUAAUCAAAUGCAAGAAAGCUCAGUUGAAACAGGCGAAGGCCGAGGCAAAAAAGUCUGGGGUAAAAGCAAGAAAGACUGCUAAAGAGGAGCAGCGGGAUACGGAUCGGAAAGCUUCACUGAUGGCUAUGGAUGCUGGUAUCAGUUCUGGUGACCCACACCAAGCACACACUCUUGCUGAGGUCUUACAUCACGAUGGCUCACAGGAUCAGACAGAGCCAGGGAAACGAAGAAGACUGAACCCCUUUGACCCCGCCAUGGAGGCUGCAGGAGCCGUUGGUCAUGGCGUGGGCAAGCUAGGAAAGUCCGUCCUUGAAGGAUUCAAGAAGGUCGAGGGUGGAAUAGAUGGAAAGUUGGCUCGAUCUGGUGGUUUUGUACCAGACUCCUCGGUUGCUCCUCAGGAUGGCUCACGCUCAUCAGAGCACCGUCAGUCUGAGUCUGACAGCAUGGAUGUUGCAGACCGUUCGCAAGCACGCACAAAUGCCACAGAUUCGGGCGUCACAGGCGCAACUGGAUCCAAACCUAAACGGCCUUUCUGGAAGGCUACAGGAUCAAGCAAUUCUAAACUGAGCCACAGAAGUGAGCCUGACGAGUUUCCUUUAACACAACGUGAAAGUAUCUCGAUUGAUGAGGAGAGGAAAGAUGCACCGACAGAGAAAGAAAAAAACAAUAGGGAUAAACGAAGAACUCGAACCGAGGGCGAACAAUUGGAAGGAGAGGAGUAUCCUGUCGCCUACAACGAAGACUUCGACAAUGAGGACUUCGGAGAACCUCUAUGGAAGAAUAUAUCAGACCAAAGGACCGUAGACACUGUCGAUUACUGCCGGAAAGAAGUGGCUCGUUUGAACUUGGAAAUUGAGGUGGAUCAACAAACCCCCGAGAAGUUUCCCCUGAUGAAUUCUGCCUUCAUUCAAUUCAAUCACCAGGUGGCUGCGCAUAUGGCUUGUCAGGCAGUCAGCCAUCAUGUCCCCAAGCAAAUGGCUCCUCGCAUUGUGGAAAUUUCUCCAGACGACGUAAUUUGGGACAACAUGUCGAUCAGGUGGUGGGAGCGCUACCUGCGAACCUUUGGUAUCCUGACCAUUGUCUGUGCGAUGGUGGUUGGGUGGGCUUUCCCUGUGGCCUUCACUGGUUUACUGUCCCAGCUGUCGUACUUGGAAGAAGCGUUUACGUGGCUCAGAUGGAUAUCCAAAUUACCAGAAUGGUUUAUCUCUGCAGUGCAAGGUAUUCUACCUGCACUGUUUUUGGCCAUUCUGAUGGCUGUGUUGCCGUUGAUCCUCCGGUUCCUCUGUCGGACCCAGGGCAUUCACACAGGUAUGGCGGUUGAACUCACAGUUCAGAAUUAUUAUUUCGCGUUCCUCUUCGUUCAGCUAUUUCUAGUCGUCGCCAUCUCGUCCAGUUUCUCGACCAUCAUCAGUAACGUCGCGAAUGUCACGAGCUGGCCUCAACUGCUUGCGGAGAACAUUCCUCUUUCUAGCAAUUAUUUCUUUUCGUAUAUGAUUCUUCAGGCGAUGUCGGUGAGUGCUGGUGCGUUGGUCCAGGUCGUGAACUUAGCGAGCUGGUUUAUCCUCGGACCCUUGCUCGACACAACGGCCCGGACAAAAUGGGCACGGACUACGAAUUUGAACCAGAUGCAGUGGGGAACUUUCUUCCCGGUGUACACCACCCUGGCAUCUAUAGGAUUGAUUUACUGUGUUAUCUCGCCUCUCAUCCUCGUGUUCAAUGUGAUCACAUUCGGCUUAUUUUGGUUCGUGUACCGGUAUAACACGCUAUACGUCACCAAAUUUCGCUUUGACACCGGUGGGUUGCUUUUCCCUAAGGCAAUCAACCAGUUGUUCACGGGCAUAUACUUUAUGGAACUCUGCUUAAUCGGUCUAUUCUUUUUGGUUCGUGACGUGCAGGGCACAGUUGCCUGCAAGGGCCAAGCCAUUUGCAUGAUUGUCGUUCUUGUCCUCACAGUCGGAUACCAAAUUCUGCUGAAUGAAGCCUUCGGCCCCCUGAUCCGUUAUCUACCAAUUACGUUGGAGGACGAGGCGGUGCGCCGGGAUGAGGAGUUUGAGCGUGCGCAACGUGCCCGGCUUGGGUUGCUUCAGGAUGAUGAAUUGAACGCUGAUAGAGGUCAACUGUCGGACCACGAAGAACACAGGGGCCCCCAGACAGAUCAAGCAACUCAUGAUAUUGAGCUAAAGGAUAUUGAAGCUAGCAUGGAGCUACGGACUGAAUUCCAGGACAGGCGGCCCAGUCUCGGGCCUACGCGUCAGUCUUGGGCUGACAGGUCCUCACGGAGCCGGUCCAAAUACUUCGGCGCCAACUCGGACAGCUCGGUCCCGACAGUGCAGCGGAUUCGUGAGAAGGUAGUGGCGGAUGCUGAAGCCCAAGGCCCCCCUACCAAUCAAGUGGCCCCAGCUCUGUUUGCUGGUAUCCAUGACGAGCUGGAAGAUCUCACGCCGGAAGAACGUGACCAGCUAGUUCAGCGAGCCUUCCAGCACGAUGCUCUGCGAGCCAAGCGUCCCGUGAUCUGGAUUCCGCGGGACGAUCUCGGAGUCAGCGAUGACGAAGUGUACCGGACUCAGCGGUUCAGCAAGCACAUCUGGAUCAGCAACGAAUACCAGGCAUUGGACGGCAAGUGCCGAACGGUCUUCAGUCGCAGUCCGCCGGACUUUUCGGAAGUGGAUCUCAUCCAGUUAUGA